ACCGGAUUUGUAGUCUAUAAUCUCUCUAAAUCAACAAGUCAAAUCCGGUUUUUGUGUGUUUUUCAAUUAAUUUUGUCAACAGAUACGAGAGAAGGGGGAAGAUGAGGAGAAGAGGCAAGGAAGAAGAUGAAGUGGAGCUGUUGCUUCAAGCUGCUCAAGAUGAGAUGAUACUCAAGCUCUCUGUUGACUCUCACGCUUCUCGAUCUUCUUCUGAUUACUUAGAUCCAGAUCUCCAUUCUAGAUUUCUCGCACUCAAAUCUCAGAAGACGAAGACGAAGGAUCAUCAUCAGAAACGACGGCCGAGAUCGCCGACGAAAUCAAAGGAUGUGACUGAAGAAACGCCGGAAGAUCUCAUGCUUAGAUUCUCGGCUCUGAAGAAGACUUCUCUUCCCUCCGCGUCUUCUUCGUCCUCUGUUUCCAAACCUGUUCUUCUUCAGGAUGAGAUCGGAGAAGAUGCUGAAGUGGAGAAGCUGAUUCAAUGGGCUAUAGACGCCGCUCGUCUCGAUCCUUCUCCUCCUUCUGACGAUGAUGACAAUCAGAGUUCCGAUGACGAUGAUGAUGAGGAUGAUUCAACGAGAGUUGUCAAACGCUAAUAAUAUUCUACUUGUAAGGUAUUUUCUAAUGUUUUUGCAUUCGCAGUUUGUAUAUCAGAUCAAGUGUUUUCAUUUGCUUAAACACCGUAUAGUGUCAUUGUUACGAUC